AUGGCCCUGACGGAACAGACAGCCACGCCCCAGGCUUGGGGCCGCUGGCAACAGCAGCCUACUGGCCAUGGGUACGCCAUGAUGGACAACUCGACCUUCGUACCGUACGAAUCCAGAGCAGCAACAUCUGCUCCCAUGAACGGCGCCAUCAUGGCCCCUCAAUACAUGGUCGCACCUCAGUACAACAUGACACCAAUGCCGGCAAUGGGUCAUUGCACAAGUCAGAAUCACUUCGCCUAUGCCCAGUACGAUUCGCCUCCGACCAACAUGAACAUGCCUUUCAGACUCCCGGCACAUCAGGAGCGGCCGGUCAUGCCCGUUGCCGCUCCAGAGCAUGAUAUCCCUCGUGCUAGCUCGUACCCCCAAGAAAGCCCAUCGUCCCAGAACGACCGACACAGCAGCCCUUCCACCCGCAGCGAGACGAAAAUGAGCAACCCCAAGACACCCCACCCGCUCAACACCAAAGACAUCAAAUUCAAUAAGCCCACUAGCGCCGAACCUGUAAACUUCACUACUGCCAUCGAUACUCUUAUGAAGGCUAUUCAGAAGAGACGGGACUCGGAGGACAUCGUUAAGGGUGUCCCAGAAAUUGAGCAGCUUGUUAAGCCAGAGCCCAGGUCGCCCAAGCCGGAAGCUGGCCCAGUCACUUCUGUUCCAACACCUGCGCCGGCGGCCACGGAGUCCACGGAUACCCCUAAGCCCAAGCGCUACGUCUGCACCAUCGAUGGCUGUGGCAAGAGCUUCUACCAGAGCACCCACUUGGACACUCACAGGCGUGCCCACACCGGCGAGAAGCCAUACCAAUGCAAUUGGCCUCGUUGUGGACGCACUUUCUCCCAGCCGGGCAACCUCAAGACUCACAUGCGUCGCCACACUGGCGAGAAGCCUUUCCGAUGCGAACAGUGCAGCAAGGUUUUUGCGCAGCGUGGCAACCUCCAGACGCACAUGGCGACGCACACAAACGCAAAACCAUUCGUCUGCAAGUUGGAUGACUGCAACAAGAUGUUCACCCAGAGAGGAAAUCUCAAGAACCAUCAAAACAAAUACCACGAGAAGACUCUGAUGGAGAUGACUGACUGGAUUGUUUCCAUUUCCGAUAUCGACGCCCUGUCCGAUGACCAAAGAGAGAUGUACUGGUACUUUGCCAACCUCUACAAGAACAGCAACAAGGGCAUCAAGGGCCGUGGCAAGGACCGCAGAGUGAGCAACCGUGGCUCCAAGUCUAGGACGGCGCCUUCAUCAUACCCUGUUAAGCGCGUUCCUGGACCUUCCAGCCUAGCAGCCUACAGCUCGAAGCGACUACCCCCACCAGAGCAGUACAUGCAGCAGCAGCAACAGCAGCAGCACCAUCAACAAAGCUACGAGGUUUACGAUACAGACAUGGACCAGUCCUCGAGCGCCAGCAGCCCUAGAUACGACGGCAUCCCUGUUGCUUACCGUGACCGCAUGUACCAGCAGUCAACCCACGCGAUGUACUAA